AUGUUAUACAGCCAUGUGACCCUGCUCAUGUUGCGGGUUGUGGAUGUUGUGGCCAAGACAACGGUGCAGCAAUCGGCCAAGAUGUUGGUCGGGGAAGUUCCCGGCGAUAUUCAGGUGGGAAUCGCGGAUUCUUUUUUGUUUUCGAUAUUAAAGUUAUAUUAUACUAGACAAAGUUUGAACGUUGGACCUUGGUCGGGUUGCCGGGAGAUGAGUGGACACACGUGUCCAGGAACUCAUUUUUGACACCGUUCAUAUUAUCCAUUGCCUUCAGAUCAACAAAGUUUAAUAAAAUAUCAUUUUCCAUGACUUAAUAUCAAUUAUAAUGUAGAAUAAGUCCCCAGAAAGACCCUUGCCAUGUUUUAAUUGAUCUCCGAACUCUUACGUUACCUCUCGAUUACACUUCCUACAGCUGCGAAUGUAGAAAUCCCACGAGUUUUGUUUAUUUAAAUUAGGAACUUGUAGGCAGCCGGUUUCAAUUUCAGAUCCCUCUUCCCGUUUUUUGCAAUUUUUGGUCCAAAUCUUUUGGUUUAUUUAUUUUUGAUUCAUUCAGAAAUGGAAGGACGAAAAAACAAGGACUAACAAUAAUCUCCAACAAUUACUGGUCAAGAGCUCUUGAUAGUUUAAAAAGCUGUGAGCAAGUUGUGCAGGAAAAAUUAAAAUUAGCGGAUUUGGGAAUGGUGGAGUUAGUAAAAAUUAAAAAUUUUAAAUUUGCUAUGGAUAAUAUAAAAAAUAAGCAAUAGAUGCUCGCGGAGGGAGUAAUGGACAUAAUAAAUGUUAUUAACAUUUCUACUUUACUUUUUGGUAAUUAGUUCAAGGUCAUUUUGAGUAUUUGGAACGGAAUGCCAAAAAUGGCGGGAAAACAAAAUUUUGAAUUUUCUUACCAAAAAAGGUCUAAAAUUGAUUCAAACGAAGUCUUGAGAAGUAAAUACGCAAGACGAAACAAAAGAUAAAAUUUAGGCAGCGGUCCAUAAUUACAGAAUGGUCAUAAAAAAGAAUAUCAUUUGCAUAAUUGGCCUGUCUAUCUAUAAUUUUUUCAAUAUAAAAAAUUACAUUUUUGCAUUACUUUCUAAAAAAAUUAAUCAUCACCAUCGAAAACUCCUAAAUCGAGUAUUUGUGGAAAAAUUCAAAAAAUUAAAUUUUGACAAAAAUACACAUUUUUUGCAAAGAUAUAAGGGUUUGACGACAUUUGAAAAGAUUUUUAAAAUCCAUUAUGGCAUCUGUUCAUUGUAAUUUCUGGCCAUUAAGGACGGACACGAAAAUUUAAAUUUCAGUUUUAGAUUAAACUCAAGGAAGCCUUUAAUGACAUUGCUUUAGAUUGGUGCAUUAUUCCCAAUGCAUCGUCAGAUCGCCGGAACCGAAGCUUGCGGAGCCAUCUGGGAGCAGUACGGAAUACAAAGAGCGGAGAUCGCGGUGCUGACAGUCAAAGAGUUGAACAAGGUGCUUCCAUUUCGAUUGGGGAUUACGAUACGGGAUUCCUGUUGGACGGAGAGGAUAGCAAUGGAACAGGUAGGAAAAGUCUUGACUCAGAGUGUUUUAUUUUACUUUAUUUGGGAGUUUAUGACAAUUGAGAGGGCGUUGUUUGAGUUUUGUGGCAAUUUUUAUAUCAAUUUAUAUUUUUUAUAUUCCACUACCUUUAGACCAUCGGAUUUCUUCGCGAAGGCGUCCAACAAUGUUCUUGUUGUCAAACAGCGGGCUGUCAGAAAAAAGCGAACCCAGUAGUGGCCAUCGUGGGUCCAGCCAAGUCCUCCACCACCAUCGCCGUCCAGAAUGUUCUCCAGGUUUUUCGGAUCCCUCAAAUCGGAUAUGGGGCCACAACCACGGAUCUGACGGACAAAGAACAGUUCGGAUAUUUCCUUCGGACGGUCCCUUCCGACGCUUGGCAAGCCAUGGCCAUCAUGGAGUUGCUCAAACAUUACAAUUGGACUUACAUUGCAGUCGUUUAUUCGGCCGGAAAUUACGGAGAGAAGGGGUUUGAAGCCAUGGAAAGGUUGAGCAGAUCCGGGGUUUGUAUUGCUCAUACGGAGAAGGUGAAGAGUCUGGGAGAGAUCAACGACUACAUCCAAGUGCACAAGAAGCUUCUGAAUCUGAAACCGCGUCCUCAAGUGGUCGUUUGUUUCUGCGAGGGGAUGAGUAUGACCAAGAUCUUCAAGGCCCAGAAAGAGUUGAGGAAACGGACACCGGAAUUACACACAUUUCAGUGGAUUGGGAGUGACAGUUGGGCUGAUCGGUAAAAUAUUUUAUAUUAUUCACGAAGAGGCAGUAUGUCGCAAUUCAAAAUCGAAGUUUUUUUUUCCUUUUCGAAUACUGUUGACCCUCCAAGCACCAUUGUCACAAACUGAAAAAAGAAUCUCUUUAGAUUGGACGUUGUCGAGGGAGUUGAGAACGAAGCGGCCGGAAGCUUUUCCAUCAGAAUCCACUCUCCGAACGUCGAGUCCUUCAAGCCCUACUACUUCUCUCUGAAUCCCAUAAAUCACACCUGGAAUCCGUGGUUUCGAGAGUUUUGGCAACAGAAAUUUAAAUGUCAAUUGAUGGUCCCAAAGGACGAUACGUUGACUCCAGUCUGUACUGGAAAGGAGAAUCUGACCACCAAUUACGAACAGGUAAGUGGAAUCGACCAAUGAGGAGGGUGUCGUACGGGAGACACGUUUCUCUCUGACCGUAUCUUUUCAAUUUCUUUGCAAAAAUUUUUUACAAUAAUUAUAAUUUCUCGUCUCCUCUUGUCUAAAACGUUCAGGAAUUUAUUUGUGGACUGUUGGAAAUAUUAGUACCAGCUUUAAAAAAGAAUUGCAGAUUUCGUACUGAUCUUUUGAUAUCCUUACAAAUCUUUUAUUUAGGAUCCGAAACUGAGUCAAGUAAUCAACUCGGUCCGAGUGGUCGGCCUUGCUCUGAAGGCUUUGCAUCAAGAUAAAUGCAAGAGUUACAAUACUACAGUAUGCCCCGAGUUGGAGUCCAUAAACGGGACCUUGCUCUUCCAGUACAUGAUGAAUGUUUCGUUCACGGAUGAGUUCGAACAGGACAUUUCUUUCGAUGAAAACGGCGAUCCACCCGCUUGGUAGGUUGUUUGUCAUAUUUUGGAUUCAACAUUUAGGUAUGAUAUCCUUAAUUAUGUCGGAAAAAAGGGAUUUCGAUUGGCCGGCCAUUUCCGACAGAACAGAACCGGCGAACACUUCUUGGCCAUGUCCAGAGAACCCAUCAUGUUCUAUGAUAAGACCUCCAAAAUGCCCGAAAGUGUAUGCAGCAAACCUUGUAGGGUUGGACAGAGGGUAAGGUUGUUGUGAUUUGAGAAUUUCUGCGUUUAGCAACGAAAAACAACUGCUUGUUGCUGGAUUUGUGAGACUUGUUCUGAAAAUCAGGUGGUGAACUAUACUUCAAACUUGUGCGAGGACUGUCCACUGGGGUAUUGGCCAAAUGAAAAGAGAACAAGUAAGUUUUGUUUGAGUAUGAAAGUAAUUCCGGGGAAAAAAUUAAGCUUUUAAAAAGUGAUAGACUUUCUUUGCUAUAGUAUAAAAGUCUGUGACUUUGUUCAAAAUUAUUUUUCCUGAAUUCCUAAAACUGUUCGAAUUCCUUUGACUGAUCGCUCAAGUUAGCGAGUAAUCAGCAAGUUUGUGGAGAUUCUUUUAUUUCCCAGCCAUUUGAUUACCCAAGAUCUCAACAAAACUCUUGAUCUGGGCCAGUACAGCUGAGGGGACUCGAACCCGCGACUUUUCCCGCCAAAGAAAAAACUUUAACCUCUGAACUAAGCAAAUGCACCCUCUUAUUUGUUCCACAAGGGCAGAGUUUGAACGGAGAGACGAAAAAUUGAUGAAACUUGACUUGGAAUGACAGCGGAAUUGGCAGGUAUCCAUGGACAAAUGACAUGUGUAAUAUACCAUUCGGAAAGCCUUAGAAAAGUUGUUUCAUGAGCCGGUUUCAAAAAUUGCUACCGGAUUACAGGUUUGGAGGAAUGGGCCGCUUUUCAAAGGCUUUCGGAUGGUAUAUAUUACAAUUAAUUUGGCCAUGGGUAGUUUGAGAAGUUCCAUUUUGAGAUCAAAGUUUUCUAAAAAAUAAUUUUUUUAGCUCUCCUCACUUUUUAUAGUCUCUCGUUUGAUUUUUCUGAAUAAUUUUGCAGUUGUUCGAAAAAUUUUAUUGAAUUUGUAGAGUGGACAAAUAAAUAAUUUUCAGGCUGCUACGCCCUUCCCCACGAGCACUACGAGAUCACGACCCUCUCCUCGAUCGUUGCUCUCAUCAUCGCCACCAUCGGCAUCCUCCUGACCCUCCUCACGGUCGUCAUUUUCGUCAAUCAUAAUGCCACCCCAGUGGUGAAGUCGACGACAAGAGAGCUUUCUUAUAUAAUUCUGGGAGGGAUCAUCGCUUGUUAUGCGUCGACUUACUUCAUUCUGGCCAGACCCAAUCCCCUGUCGUGUUUUGUCGCCCGAACCUUGCCUCCCAUCGGCUUUGCCGUCAUUUAUUCGGCGCUUUUGACCAAAACCAACAGAAUUGCGAGGAUUUUGGCCGGUUCGAAGAAGCGAAUUCUCACCAAAAAGCCGAGAUUUCUGUCAACUUUUAGUCAGGUUAUCAUCACAUGGUGCUUAGUGUUCAUUCAAUGUGUCAUUGUCGCUGUUUCUGCUAUGCAGGUUAGCUUUUUUACAUUUAAUUUUUUUGGGCUAAAAUACGGUAAGUUUCAAAAAAAAAUAUCUUUUUUCAGGAAUUUCCUCAUGCUGGGUUUGAUCAGCACUUUAUGCCGAAGAGGAUGGUGCUGAUCUGCUCCGCCUCCAAUCUAUGGGUCAUUCUCCCCUUCAUCUGGAACUUUGUUUUAAUUCUUUUUUGCACUUUGUAUGCGGUAAAAACAAGAAAUCUGCCGGAAAACUUCAACGAAGCCAAAUUCAUAGGGUUUACAAUGUAAGUCGUUGUUUUUACAACAUUUUGAACUCAAACGUUACCAUUAGACAUAUUGAUUGAAGUUGUUUUGACCUUAUUUUAGGUAUUGCACAGUAGUUGUUUGGGUCGCGUUCGUAGUUCUGUAUCUGGGCACCGUGAACAAGGCCCUGACCAUGUGCUAUACGUUCAGUAUAUCUGCCACAAUUGCCUUGGUCUUACUCUUCUUUCCCAAAGUCUACAUAAUCAUUUUUCAUCCCGAAAGGAACGUCCGAGCAUCUUACACAACCACCAAAUUGAUCAGAUGCCAUUUCGGGAACUCUCAGGGAACUCAGGAUUCGAAACAUGCUAGUGCCAAGACUCGCCAGUCAUCGCAGAGCAUGUCCAUCAGGUCAGUUUUCUCUCAUUUAUCUGAUAAAAACGCAUUUUUUCCUUUCCCUUCGAUCGCCCUUUAGAUUGUUUGGAAAAUAAAAAAGAAACGAAGGAAGGGAGGCAUCGUUCCUCGGUAGUAUAGUGGUAAGUAUCCGCGCCUGUCACGUGCGAGACCCGGGUUCGAUUCCCGGCCGGGGAGGAAAAACUUUUGUUGAUGAAAACGACAUUUUGGCCCACAUUUUUAUCGGUAAUGGCAAAAUGUUGCAUGAAGCAAUCAAAUUUUACUGUUUUGUCCACAAAUAACAAUUUUUUCAGUUCAUCUCGAUAUCCGACUCGAACCGCCUCUCUGCACAUCAUGAAUCAGUCUCCAUCGGGUUCAAUGACCACUGCAAUUCCUUCCUUGCCAACUCAACUUAAAGUUGUUGAAUCCAGCACUCAAACCGAGGCCAAUUCCGCUCGUUUUAUGCGCACUUUCUCCGUGAUGCAAGGGCACAAAAGGAGCAAGGCGUUGGAUGAGGAUGUCCUCAAUCUGAUUGACUCUUGCCGAAGAUAUCAGGUCAGUUCUGAGUUGUUUUUCUCACUGAGUUCAAAGGCAAUUUGGAAUGUUUUGAAAACAAGGGAUAGAUGUUAUAGUGGGGAAUUGAUAAAACAUUUGCAAAACACGCUGUUUCGACCGUUUUUGCACUUUUCUUGAGGGUUUAUAAGUGCUCGAGAUAAGUAUUUCCAUCUCAAAACAGGGUUUCCUUUGGUUAUUGCACAUUUUCUGUUCCUUUGGAUUACGGUAGUUCCGAGAAAUGCACCCAAAAAGUAGCCAAUUAGUACUGUAAUUUUGAUGCAAAAGAUUUAUUAAUUUUCCUAGAAUUUUUUCUGGAAUUUUGGAUUCCUUUUGCAUCAAAAUUUGAAUAUUGUUAAGUAGUUGGUGGUUACAGUAAUUGCGGACUAACUCCUACUCCUAUUAGCCCUCUUCUUACCGUAGUUUUUCCUCCAUUUUGUUGUGGAUUUUAGCAUCAGCGAGCGUCGGUUGUCGCCGCCUUGGCUCCCAUAGAAUUGGAUCCCCUGGGGCAUGAAGAAGAUGACGUCAUUCUUCCAUCGACUUCUUCCCGAUGGAGAUCCCUGUCGCCGCACCCGAGAGGAGAGUAGGUAUAGUGUUCUGAGUAGUGGAGACUGGUCGAUAUUGUCGCGAGUAGUGUGCUUUGUGAUCGGAUAUUUUCGAAAGUAUUGUGGAAGUAGUCGUUUAUUCGUCUUUUCUUGGGUUUUCUUUUUAAAAAAUACUUUUUUCUCUGGUUUUUCCUUGAUUCUAAUUUCGCAUUUCCCGCUCCCCGAUCUCCCUAAUCCUUGAAGAUGUUUGCAGGAUGAACGGCUGAGCAAUGCCAACAUUCAGAACAUGCUUUUGGAGGAGGAAGUGGAAGAAGAAGAUGGAGACGUGGGCUCUCUGUUGGCCGGGACCAUCGAAAAGGGGAUGAGGACGGUUCUUCAGACCGUCUCGAGGCCCUCGUUGGAUGCGAGAAGUGCGUCGAUCGGGCAGAAUCAACGGGAUUCCCCCAAAAUGUCGACCUUGAGACCUCAGAGUGCGGCUGCUGGAACCCUCAGGCAUCGGCAUUCGAACACACCCAAGCCAACCGAGGUCUUGCCGGAAUGUUCCGAGGACAAUACGGUAUCCUCGGCACAGAUUUUGUUUGGCGAUGAUCGAUUUGAACAGGUGAUUUUGUCAAUUAUUUAUAUUCAUUAUACCAGAUAUUCCAAUACCAUUUUUGUCCAUAAAAUUGAAGGGAAAGAAGGUUAAUUAGCGUUCCUGAGGCUAAAUUUAGAGCCGUCUUUUAAUUCUCUUUGUACCAGGCACUACCAACUCAUCGCCUCGGGCUCUUAUCACUUUUCCUGCAAAUUCGAAACAAUUCUCAUCAAUGUUUUUUAUAAACAGGCCCUCGGGGCGCAAAAUGGUAUGGUACAAAAACCGAACGGAUUUUGCAAUCAUCCUGUAUGCAACGAAUUUCAGAAAGAUGAUCAAUUUAAUUUACGUAUGAUGAAUUUACAUGAUUUCGAACUUUUUCAUUACAGUAAUCCAAAAAUCUGCUAAAAGAAGCAGAUUUUCGAAAAACACCAAGGAUCCCUCAGACAACGUCUGCGCGUAAUUUUAUUUUUUCAAAUUGAAAUUUGCGGUAAUUUCGAAGUUAGUUUACUUUUUUUUUAACACGUCGCUUAUCAACUUCCCUUAUCGAAAUCAUCUUCAUUAUUCUGUCAUAUUGGAGCCCCGUUCCUUAUUCUUCUUGCCUGCGGGGCGGUCAUUCGACGCGGCUUUAUCAGCAAAAUAUAAUAAUGAUUAUCAAUGGUCAGCCACAGUUUUGAACUGGGGCCUCCGCGGCUCUAAAAUAAUAUAAUUUUGAUUGAAAAUUUGACAAUUUUUAUCGAAAGUAGAGUUAAUCGUUACUUAUGGAGUGUAGUCGAGUAACGUGUACAGUGCUUUACCUGCUUCUAGCAACUUUUUUAUUGUAUUUUGGAAUUGCAGCUCCUCCGAAGUCGCGGUGUCCAGCCAGUCCAAUUUAGCAACGCCACGCAGCUCUGA